GAGAGGACUGCGCUCUCGAGGGCAAAGUAGGAUUCCAACCUGGCUGCUUAAUGUAUGCCAAUGCACGUGACGACCUAUCACGACUGUGGGGAUGCGCCACAUUACAAUCUUGCAACAUUCCUUCGGUGCUCCUGCGCUGAAAAAGUGCACCAGCCGACUUUGCGCUCAUUUUUUGGGUGCCUGGCAACUGCUCUGUCAUAUCUCCAUGACCGCCAUAUCAAACACAGGGACAUUAAGCCUCAAAAUACUCUCGUUCACAAGGCUAAGGUCCUCCUUACUGACUUCGGGCUCUCCCGGGAUUUCUUAGACACUACGUCUGGACCCACGCCUGCAUCGCUGCGCUAUUGCUCUCCAGAAGUCGCGGCUCAGGAGAUUUAGAACGCAUCUGCAGACGUCCGGUCCCUCGGUUGCGUAUUCCUGGAGAUGUUAUCCGCCCUUCAGGGGUACAACGAAGGCUGGCUGAGGACAUAAUACCAGGGAACUGGCACAGAGUCAUCGAAUUUCCAUGCCAUCCCGGAGGCUACUAUAGAACUACUGGGGGAAUGGCGUUUAUGUCUGAGCGAAAUUG